UAUGUUGGUAUUGAUUUUAACUUUUAUUUCACCCUAUUGGCUCAGGUAUAUGAAUUUAUAGGACUAACAGAACUCUAUUAUGCUGGUAGUCAUGUUAUGGACAUCAUUGGUCCUGUCAGGCAGGCUGUACCUGAUAACCACCCUAAUUGCACCAUUAGGUCUACUGGUAAUGAGGGUAAGGAAGUUAAUUUAUUCCAACCUGCUGCUGAGUUCUUGCCCCUGAUUGAUGAGGUGUUUGAAUCUCUUGUUGAGAGUACAAAAGAUAUUAAAGGAGCAAAAGUUGAAAACAAUAAAUUUUGUGUGUGUGUACAUUACCGCAAUGUAGAUGAUAAGAGUUGGGAUUUGGUGGGGCAGAUUGUCCAUGAUAUUCUGAAGGGCUAUCCACGUUUUCAACUAACUCAUGGGCGCAAGGUCUUAGAGGUCCACCCAAUGAUUGACUGGGAUAAGGGAAAAGCAGUCACGUUUUUGCUCGCGUCACUUGGGCUUAGCAAUUGUGAUGAUGUGUUUCCUAUAUAUAUUGGAGAUGACAGAACAGAUGAAGAUACAUUUAAGGUUUUGAGGGAGGAAAAUAAAGGUUAUGGGAUCUUGGUGUCUUCAGCGCCAAAAGAAAGCAAUGCAGUUUACUCUCUCCGUGAUCCAUCAGAGGUACUUCUUAUAUUCUUCGUGAUGUUCUGCUGCUGCACUUGUUUUGCUUGCAAAUGUUGUCUUAGAUCUUGAGUUGUGAUUCAUUUGUUAUGUGUUU